UUUGCCGCCCCUGCCCGCGGCGCGCGGACCUGCUUGCGCUCCCGCCGCGGCGGCCGCCGCCCGCGCCCUCCGCCCCGCCGGCCUCUGCAGCGCCGCCGCCUCGGCUCCCCUCGCGGCCGCGCGAGCGCUCGCCAUGAACCCCAGCUCCCCGGCGGGCGACGACAAGGGGGCGGCGGGCGGCGGCGGCGGGAGCUGCUGCCUGGGCGCCGAGGGCGGCGCGGAGCCGCGGGGCGCGGGGGCAGCGGCGGCGGCGGGGGGCGCAGCUGCCCUGGAGGAGCCCGGGGCCGCCGGCCCGAAGGAGAAGGACGAGGCGCUGGAGGAGAAACUGAGGAACUUAACUUUCCGGAAGCAGGUCUCUUACAGGAAAGCAAUAUCCCGGGCAGGACUGCAGCACUUGGCUCCGGCACACCCCCUCAGCCUUCCUGUGGCCAACGGUCCAGCCAAGGAGCCCAGAGCCACUCUGGACUGGAGCGAGAAUGCAGUGAACGGAGAACACCUGUGGCUGGAGACCAACGUCUCAGGAGACCUGUGCUACCUGGGAGAGGAGAACUGCCAAGUCCGAUUUGCUAAAUCCGCUCUCCGGAGGAAGUGCGCCGUCUGUAAAAUUGUCGUCCACACCGCCUGCAUCGAACAGCUGGAAAAGAUUAAUUUCAGAUGUAAACCAACAUUUCGAGAAGGGGGCUCAAGAUCACCAAGAGAAAACUUUGUGCGUCAUCACUGGGUGCACAGGCGUCGGCAGGAGGGAAAAUGUAAGCAGUGUGGUAAGGGCUUUCAGCAGAAAUUCUCCUUUCACAGUAAAGAGAUUGUGGCUAUCAGCUGCUCCUGGUGCAAGCAGGCGUUUCACAAUAAGGUGACCUGCUUCAUGCUGCAUCACAUCGAGGAACCCUGCUCCCUGGGGGCUCACGCGGCUGUCAUCGUCCCGCCCACUUGGAUCAUUAAGGUGAAGAAACCUCAGGUGAUCUCCAUACCAGGAGAUGAACUUGAACUUGGUUGGGCGGGAGACGGACCUGGUUGGGCGGGACACUGGAGCCCCUCAGAGAAUUUGGGAUUCUUCCAUUUUUACUGGGAGGGUUGGCAGAACUCCCUGAAGGCUUCCAACCGGAAGAAGAAGAGAACCAGCUUUAAGAGAAGAGCCAGUAAAAGAGGAACCGAACAGGAGAACAAAGGCCGUCCUUUUGUGAUAAAGCCCAUUUCGUCUCCUCUGAUGAAACCUUUGCUCGUGUUUGUGAACCCCAAGAGCGGAGGCAACCAGGGAACCAAAGUCCUGCAGAUGUUCAUGUGGUACCUGAACCCACGACAAGUCUUCGAUCUUUCUCAGGAAGGGCCCAAAGACGCGCUUGAGUUGUACAGGAAAGUACCAAAUCUGCGAAUUCUGGCCUGUGGAGGGGAUGGAACGGUGGGGUGGAUCCUCUCUAUCCUGGAUGAACUGCAGCUGAGUCCUCAGCCUCCGGUGGGGGUCCUUCCUCUGGGAACUGGGAAUGACCUGGCUCGAACUCUCAACUGGGGAGGGGGCUACACAGAUGAACCUGUUUCUAAGAUCCUUUGCCAAGUAGAAGAUGGGACGAUUGUACAGCUAGAUCGCUGGAACCUCCAUGUGGAAAGAAACCCCGACCUGCCUCCAGAAGAGCUUGAAGACGGCGUAUGUAAGCUUCCCCUGAAUGUGUUCAAUAAUUACUUCAGCCUUGGAUUUGAUGCCCACGUCACACUGGAGUUCCAUGAAUCCAGAGAAGCCAAUCCGGAGAAAUUCAACAGUCGUUUUAGAAAUAAAAUGUUCUAUGCAGGGGCAGCUUUUUCAGAUUUCCUACAGAGAAGCUCUAGAGACCUAUCCAAACAUGUUAAAGUUGUUUGUGAUGGAACAGAUCUCACUCCAAAGAUUCAGGAAUUGAAGUUCCAGUGUAUAGUAUUUUUAAAUAUACCCAGAUAUUGUGCUGGCACAAUGCCCUGGGGGAACCCAGGAGAUCACCAUGAUUUUGAACCUCAGCGGCAUGAUGAUGGUUAUAUCGAAGUCAUUGGAUUCACCAUGGCCUCUUUGGCCGCCCUGCAAGUCGGGGGCCACGGCGAAAGGCUGCACCAGUGCCGGGAGGUCAUGCUGCUAACCUACAAGUCCAUCCCCAUGCAGGUAGACGGCGAGCCCUGCCGGUUGGCCCCAGCCAUGAUCCGCAUCUCCCUGAGGAACCAGGCCAACAUGGUCCAGAAGAGCAAGAGGAGAACAUCCAUGCCUCUACUCAAUGACCCCCAGUCUGUCCCCGAUCGCCUGAGGAUCCGUGUGAACAAAAUCAGUUUACAAGACUACGAAGGCUUUCACUAUGAGAAAGAGAAACUCCGGGAAGCUUCCAUCCCUCUGGGUAUUCUAGUUGUACGUGGAGACUGUGAUUUGGAGACGUGCCGGAUGUACAUAGAUCGCCUACAGGAGGACCUGCAGUCAGUCUCUUCUGGCUCCCAGAGAGUUCAUUACCAGGAUCACGAAACCUCCUUUCCCAGGGCGCUCUCCGCUCAGAGGCUCUCCCCACGCUGGUGCUUUCUCGAUGCAACAUCUGCUGAUCGCUUUUAUCGAAUAGACAGAUCUCAGGAACAUUUGCAUUUUGUGAUGGAGAUUUCCCAGGAUGAGAUUUUCAUUUUGGACCCAGAUAUGGCGUUGUCUCAGCAGGCAGGGACACCUCCCGGAAUGCCGGAUCUGGUGGUGGAGCAAGCUUCAGGGAUGUCAGACUGGUGGAACCCUCCCCUCCGGAAGCACGUGCUGAGUGAUAGUGGGCUGGGAGUGCUAAGUCCGCAUUAUCAGGACUGUGAUAUGGGCGAUUUCAGCCACUCCCGUGUGCUACAGUCACCAGUGUCUUCAGAAGAUCAUGCAAUUUUACAGGCAGUGAUAGCUGGUGAUCUUAUGAAGCUGAUAGAAAGCUAUAAGAACGGAGGCAGCCUGCUGAUUCAGGGACCAGACCGCUGCUCACUCCUUCACUAUGCAGCCCAAACCGGCAACGGGGAGAUUGUGAAAUAUAUCCUUGACCACGGACCCUCUGAGUUAUUGGAUAUGGAAGACAGUGAAACGGGUGAGACUGCACUGCACAAGGCUGCCUGCCAGCGGAACCGGGCCGUGUGCCAGCUUCUGGUGGACGCAGGAGCAUCUCUGAGAAAGACCGACUCCAAGGGUAAGACACCUCAAGAAAGAGCACAGCAGGCUGGAGACCCGGAUUUAGCCGCUUACCUAGAAAGUCGCCUAAACUAUAAGAUCCUUGGCCACGAGGACCUGGAAACUGCUGUUUGACCCUGCUCGAAGGGUCAGGAGGACCUGAAUGAGCAUAUCACCCGUGCCCUCCCGGCGACCGGGCCACCUCCCUGGAAGAAGCUGAUGGAAUCCAUAUAUCUGUCUCUCUCCUGCAAGGAUCUCUCUCUGAGGCCAUACCACCAGUUUCUAAGGGCUACCAAGAUGUCCAACGGAACCUGAUAGCCCACUGAGGAUGAGGCAGGGUACCUGGAGAUUUGUGGAGUUGUGAGUUCCACAAAAUUCGAUCCUUAUUGCUUACAGCAAGUAGCAUGAACUUCUGUGUUCACCUGUCUAAUUUAUUUUAAAGAGUCAAAGGACAUUCGCACAAAAGGCACUGCUCCCCUCCUCCCCCUAUGCAUUCGCCCUCUCCCCGUACCACACAAUUCUACUGUAACUACCCAUCGAUUAAAAAAAAAAAAAGAAAAAAGAUGGUAUGAUCCCUUUACAUUCAGUCUUUGAAGACCUCAAGACUGUCUGAAGGUCUUUGCUAACCCUCCGGAUGUUCUGCAGAAAUGUUAACUGUCAAACCGCUUCCAUUCCCGAGACUAAAUAUCCCAAGAGGACUUCGUGACUCUUUGCAUGUCUCCUCUCCUUCCUUCCCCAGUCCCUCUUCAUUCUGUAGGAGCUGGGAAGUGCCGCAGGAAUCCUGCCCGUUUGUGAGCUCUGUCUCUGAGGUGCAGUGACGUGGCUUGGGAGUUGUCUCUGCGGAGAGGCCCCUCCUCCGAGAGGUUAUACCCAGGGAUCUGCCAAGGUUGUGGCCCCGGGGCCCAGGAAGGACGGGUCUGCUUGGGCUGUCUGCACAGCUCCGUACUGCCUCUCUGUAGCCAUCUUUGCCUUUUGCUGCAAUCGAGACGACAGUGGUUUAAACACAGGCCCAGGGCUGGUUUGCAAGAACCGCUCGGCUUUAAGUGCUGUCGAAAUUGCAGAGCAGAAAACCAUGUGUGGGAACUGCGGUUGCAGGAAAUGGAGCACUAGGACAGCAUUCACUGCUCAGCUUUCCCGAGUGAGGCUAGAAAGGCAGGCUCAGUGACUUGAAGGGAAACAGCAAAAGCAAAAGUAGCAACAUAUGUCAAAAUAAUGCACUUGAGCAAGAAAACAGCCAAGGGAAUAUUGCACGGAGACUAAUAAGUAUAGACUCCGGGGUACAGUGGUGAGGGGGGGUGCAUCUUAGGUUUUCCUUUUAAGUUUCUGAUUUUCAUUCCCCAGAUUAGCCUUGUCCUUAAGAUGCAGGCUUAUGUUCUGAGUUUCACUGCCAGUCUCCAGAAUGCUUGGAUCUUUUUCAUGGAUGUCUCACCUACUACACGGCCAGUCCCAUGGUCACACCUGUGAGCACUGAAGCCCAACUUUUCACAUCUGGGGUAGCCGAAUCCAUCCUUUUCUCUAUUUUUCCCUUUCAGAAAGUUCUUUGUGCAAAGUAUGACGAUGGCAACCUUGCCAGAAGGGUUGCUAGGUCCUGCCCUAGACCUCUUGACAUUUUCUGGCUCCUCUGUUAGGGAUAUCUGUGUUCACCAAAAUAUCAGGAGGAAUAAGUCUUUCCACUCGGGGUGAAAAUAGCAACUUGAUGUGGAUUUAAAUCCAGAAAGAAAGCAUUUCCUGCAGGUGUUCAUUUCACUUGAGACAAGCUGGCACCUUUCACUUUGCUGUCGGACACAAGGAGAGGGUGUCCCUCGUUUGUUUGCAUGUGAACUUGCGUGAUUGGUUCUCUGUUUUAAAUAUAAAAGUCCGUGGUGGCAUGUGACUUAUCUGAAUCCCACUUGGGCCACGUAGCACCACAUUGAAAGGAUGGAUGUGCCUUUAUGCGGGAAGCAGCAGUCACGUCUCGGAAGGCAACGGGGACUUGGUCUUUCCUGGUUCAUUUCAGAACCCAAUGAUGUCUAGAUGUGGAAAACUGGGUUGUGAGUAAUCUAUUUUGAAUACAUAUGCCGAGACAUUGAACCAUCUUUAGGGUUUUUACAGUGAGGAAAGCAGGGACUACAGUAGAUUGUUUCCAGAAGCUGGAAAAUAUAUGUUCCAGGAGAAUCGAAUCACUGGGAAUUUUUCAGUUGGUGAGACUGUCAAGGAGAUGUUGUGAUGACAGAAAUAUAAUCCUUAAAACAGACUGACUCUGGUUUUGAAUGGUGCCUUCCAUUCCCUAGAUGGAGCCAAACAUUUGGCCACGCAACCCGUCUCUGCUGCCAUGGCUGGGAUGAAGGACUCUUUUUUUCACCACCUCCCCUCUCAUAUUUCUCUGCGAUGCCUCAAAGAAGCCCAAAGGAAAUUUAGGGUACAGGUGGCUGUGGGCCAAUUCAAAUAGCUCCAAUUGAAGUCACUAGUAAAUCCCUGCUAUGAAAAUAAAUGAGGUCCCAACUACUGUAGGGGUCCUGGUACAUUUGGAAAUCAUUCAAAAAAAAAAGAGGCAUUAAAGUAUUAAAGUUCUGCAUUAUUGAUGGGGAGCAAUAUAGUACAAGGCAUAUAUCUCUUUGGAAAAGCAAACACCCCUAGGACGUGAACUUUCCAACAAAUGAAUAUCAAAAUAUGAGCCAAAUAGUUACAUAUUUAAUAGCUUCAACAUUAAAUCUACCUCCUGGAGCAUAUUUAUUUUUAAAAUUAAGCACUGCAUGUGACAGUCUGGGCUUUAGGAAAAGCUAAGGCCAUAUGUUCCAGGAGUUUGCAGCUCAACUUAGGUAUAUAGUAUCUUCUUUAAUGGGCCAUCAGGAAGCAUCGGAGCAAAUGGUCUGGCUCUGCUCCAGAAACUCACAUAACUUUAAUUUAAAAGACAUAAAACUAUAUAGCCAUAGAAAUGUCAUUUUCUCCUAAGCCCACAGAGGCAGGAAGACAGUGAAAAGUGACAUUCCUCUGUGUUUAACUCAGAGAUCUUUGUGUGGUGGUAUUAUCUGCUCUGGGGUUCCAUUUUUAGAUGACGCUGGUACAAGCACAAGAAAUAGGGAGGUAUUAAAAGAUAUUUCAUAAUCUUAAAUGUAAUUAUGUUGGAAGUCUUCUGCAGUAUUGCACUUCAAAUGAAAUAGAACUCAGUAAAGCUAAGCAUGAUCACAUUAAAAGACUUGAUAAAGAACAGAUGCUAAGCAGGAAAUAAACACCAUAGCUAGGUAUUUAACUUAGAGAGUUCUAGUUGCCUCUGCAGAGGUGAUCACAUGAAGCCAAUGUGAUUGUUGAAAUAGAACUUAGCUGGCAAUGACACAGCCAUGAGCUUCUUGAUGACUGAAGGCAAACAUCACCUAUUCAACUUCUUCUUCUUAGAGUAUCUCGUACUCUCUACUUAGAGAAUAUCUGUUUGCACUGAUUCUCACCAGAUAUUGAUUUUCAUUUCUGUAUUUGCUAACAGGAUUUUAUUUACUAGACACCUCAGAAUGUCUAUCCCUUAGAAAAUGUGGGCCUGCCAUUGUGUGCUGUUUCGUAAUAACUUUAUUUAUUUAUUUUUUCACAAUUGAAGUAGAACCUGCCUUUUAGAAAAAGUCCAGGGCCAGAGAGAUUGUGGAUAGGGUUUGUGCCUUGCAUGUGGCUGACAAGGUUUAAUCUCAGGCACUCCAUAUGGUUCCCAGAGCCUUCAGGAGUGAUCUCUGAGCACAGAGCCAGGAGUAAGUCUUGAACACCACCAGAUGUGACCCCAAAACAUACAAAGAAGUCCAAAUGCUGAUGCCACAAAAGAUUUCCCCAUACAAGGUGUUUCACUGUGCUGGGGUAGGGCCUUCCAUCACACUCUCCAGACACAAUGUUAGCUUUCAUCAACACUGUUGUAUGUUAAGUAACAAAAUAUCUGUGUACUCAUCAGCCCCCUGCCACCACACACAUUAUAUAGAAAUGUAUUUAUUUGUGUGCAUACCUGUGUAUAUAUACUAUACAUACAUAAUGCUUAAAUUUGAAAGAAACUCUUAAGAAGCAUGCUAAUAAUAUCUCUGUAUAGUUAACACCAUCAGGAAAGAUAAGGUAACAGAGUUUCCAUUCUUCUUUCUGGUCUCCAUAAGUGUGAAACUUGGUUCAAUUACUGUAGCACUCAAAAGACACAUGACAUCCACCAUUACCUGUGUCAUAAAACCCAUCCCCUUCAGGUCUUGUCAUAGUUGCAAUCUUUCAUGAAACGGAAAACUACCUGAGCACAAAGUCUUGUUUCUGCUAUUUGGAGAUCUCAAGUAGAAAUUUGCUGUUUUGAAGGUGCAUAUGGCACUUGACAAAGGUACUAACACUUGCAGUACUAUCACUCCGUUGCUAACUCCUUUGCAAAGGUACUAACACUCCAUUGCUAAACGAUAUUUAACUUCAGGCAAGCUACCGUCCUGCUGUCAGAAAGGUGUAGCAACUUGGCAGCAGGCUGAAGUCAGACUCCAUUCCAUGACUUCCCUCAGUCAGUUAAUGAAACCACUGAGAACAGCAUGACAUUUUACUCAAUUAUGCUACUUAAAAAUAAAAAUAGCUCAUUGUUAAAAUGGCUCAUCAUAGUCAUCAAAUAAAACUACUAAUUGCUCCACUUAAAUGGAUUUUUUUUCAUUUUAGAGAAGAGGAAGAACAUCUAUUAAAUCAGGAAGAUUUUUGAUUAAGCUUUAGCAUUUACUUAUUAUAAAAUAGCUUGUCUCAACAGGACCAUUGCUGAAUAUCUCAACUUUAUCAUUCUCUGAAUUCUGUAUUCAGAUGAUUUUAGCCCUAUCACUUUUUCUCUUGCCCAAUCUCUCAAAUGGACAUUGGCUGCUUUUCUUUUCUGUAUUCUCCUCAUCCAGUGGUUCCUUUCAUAUUCUAAUGACAGCAAUGGUCCCGCUCCUGGACUAGGACCCACUAACCUUCUCUAAUUUUGUUAUACAACUGCUAUAAUCUCCUUCAGAUCACUGUAUCACUGUCAUCCCAUUGCUCAUAGAUUUGCUUAAACAGGCACCAGUAACGGCUCCAUUGUGAGACUUGUUGUUGCUGUUUUCGGCAUAUCAAACACGCCACAGGUAGUUUGCCAGGCUUUGCCGUGGGGCGGGAUACUUUCAGAAGCUUGCCGGGCUCUCCAAGAGGGAUGAUGGAAUUGGACCCGGAUGGAGGAAUUGAACCCGGGUUGGCCGCGUGCAAGGCAAAUGCCCUACCUGCUGUGCUAUUGCUCCAGCCCCUCCUCCAGAUACUGUGUUCAAAAGCGAUCAGAGUCUAGUUGCCCUCUGAGAGAGGGACACAUUCUGUCCAAAGGAUCUACAGAUACCCACUGAUCUUGAUCAUAUCACUCUAUGGAGGGACACAUUCUGAGAAGUAAUCUGCAAUGAAGAUUAGUCUUAGUUGUUCACUUAUUUUUUAUUGUUUAAGUUUUGGCUUUGGGGCCAUCCCCGGCAUGUGCAGGGGUUACUCCUGACUCUGCACUCAGGAAUGCCUCCUGGUGGACUGCCAGGGAUUAAGCCAGAAUCAACUGUGUGCAAAGUAAAUGCCCUACCCACUUGGGUCCAUGUUUGUUUUUAAUUUUUUUAAAGGUUUCUAAAUGGCAUGUCCUCUUUGUUACCUGAAGAGAGUACAUAAUCCUGGUGGCUUCUUCCAUUAUGAAAUCUACCUUAAAAUCCACUUUUUUUUUUCCUCAAAAAUUUCCCCUUGAAAUCUUCCUGGAUGGUUAGAUUAUAGAUGUUUUAAUCCACGUGGUCAUCUGUGGAUCUUAGGCUGUCUUUUUUUUUUUUUU